AUGACAAAAUUCUUUCCCACCAAAAGCCUAAUCAUCGUCGACUCCAUCCAAAAAUCAACUUCAAUAUGGAGGAAAUGGCAUCACCAUGCUCGCUUCCUACUUUUUCUGGCCGCCUCCCUCAUCCCACCACCUCCCUCGUCUGAUGGCCAUCGUCCCUUCCGCCGAUGGUGGUUUUCCUACAAUUCUCCCCUCACCUCAUUUUACUGCCAUAUCCAUCAACGACAUCAUGUACCACCAAUGCACACAUCUUUCUGGCGCCUAACACCAUCAACACUCAUCUCUUCCGGUGACAACAAUUCUCCCCCAACCUCUCUACUUUCGUUGUAUCCUUAUUCUCACGCCUCACUCUUUUGUGGACUUUCUUCCAUCCUAGCAGAUAUGUCAGAUCAUAUUAAAGGAAAGGCAAAUGCAUCUUCUGAGAAUAUCGAGUUCAAAUGGGGGCGAAAGGAGCAAAAUGAUGGAAAGAAGCAUGAUAGGCAAUAUUAUAGAUCAUUUACCUACGAUGGUGUAGACUACUUCCUUUAUGAUUCUGUAUACAUAUGGUGUGAAGGUCAACCAGAGCCCUAUAUUGGUAAACUUACUGAGAUAUAUGAGACAAAACAUCUUGAGAAGAAAGUGAAAGUUGUCUGGUAUUUUCAUCCCACACACGUUCAAAGGUAUUUAAGAGGCACUCAUACACUCAACAAUGAAUUAUUCUUGGCUUCAGGUGUAGGUGAAGGUCUCUUAAAUGUCAACCCCCUGGAAACAAUAGCAGGGAAAUGCGAUGUUGUAUGCACAUCAAAGGACAAGAGGAACCCUCAAGCAUCUAUUGAAGAAGUGGAGAUGUCUGAUUAUGUAUUUUACAAGACAUUUGAUGUUGAAAGAUUAAUAUUAUCAGAAAGAUUUCCCGAUAAGAUAGCUGGAGUUGAAGUUGGAUUCUUCUUUAAUCAGAGAAAACAUUUGGAAAUUGGCACUCCUCCAAAAUCCAAUUGGAACUCCAAAGUUGCAGGGAAAUCAAUUUCAUCUUCCAAGUUUGAAACAGGUCACUGUUCUACUGCAGUAAAAGAUGAAGAAUCUGAUUUUAGGUUUCCUCGUGCAAAUGCAACUGAUUCUUGUCACUUGAACAAAAGGAAGCUGCAAGACUCUAAAGUUGAACCUGAUAAGCCCACAAAAAGACCAAAAUUGGAUUCAAGCAAUUGGUUCAAGGAACAACCAUGGGAGGAAAGGAUGCAGAUAGCCAAUGAAACAGGCUCCCUUGUAUUACUAGAGAAUCUGGAUCCAUCCCUUACAUCAUUAGAAGUAGAGGAUAUAGUUUUGGAUGCUUUUCAUAAAAAGGCUAGUGCAAAGAUGAUACAACGUAACGCAUAUUCGAGUCCAUACAAUGGACAAGCUCUUGUGAUAUUUAACUCAAAAGAUGAAGCAGACUUUGCUAUUUCCGAGUUAAAAACCAGAUGUCUAAUGCUUGGAGAUCUAAGACCCAUUGUUGGUAGUAGACCUUAAUUGAAGGAGACCGGUAAAAAAUCAAGGUACUUUGGUCAUUUAACAAUAAAAACCAUGAAACAAAUGCGGUCUAUGGAUAUGAGAAAUGCAGUUUCCACAUCCCACUUUUCACAGCCAAAUACCAUUGAAUUUGAGAUGGCACUCGAGUGGUGCACACUGCAAAUGAGGUGGAAUUUCUGUUGGGAUGCAUUAUACAAGUUUUUUACUCUUUGGAAGAUUUGUU